UAACCCCACACGUCAACAUCUCACAUGAUUUAGAUUGGAUCCAUUUUGGCUUUCCUGUUGAGUUGUAGGGAACAUCAUAGCAUGGAUUAGUGUAUAUAUUGGACUUGACCGGUGUAAUAAUGGCUCUCAAGAAAGUCAAAGGCACUCUGGAGCGAGUGCUGGACAAAAAUCUCCAAGAUUUGGUUCGUGGCAUUCGCAACCACAAAGAAAAUGAGGGAAAGUAUAUUGCUGAAUGCAUUGAUGAAAUAAAGCAAGAACUACGACAGGAAAACCAAGCAGUAAAAGCCAAUGCUGUGAACAAGCUUAUCUAUCUUCAGAUGCUGGGAUAUGACAUAAGUUGGGCAGCCUUUCACAUCAUUGAAGUGAUGAGUUCAACAAAAUAUACAAUUAAGAGAAUUGGUUAUAUAGCAGCAUCACAGAGUUUCCAUGAAAACACAGAUGUUUUAAUGUUGACCACCAACAUGAUCAGAAAGGAUCUAAGCAGUCAGAACAUGUAUGAUGCUGGUAUUGCCCUGUCUGGUCUAUCCUGCUUUGUCACACCAGAUCUGGCCAGAGAUCUUGCUAAUGACAUCAUGACUCUUAUGACAUCAACUCGUCCAUACCUAAGAAAGAAGGCAGUACUUAUUAUGUACAAAGUUUUCCUGCAGUUUCCUGAGGCAUUAAGACCUGCAUUUCCAAGGCUCAAGGAAAAAUUGGAAGAUCCUGACCAAGGAGUUCAAUCAGCUGCUGUCAAUGUAAUUUGUGAACUGGCCAGAAAGAAUCCCCAGAACUACCUCUCUCUGGCACCCCUCUUCUUCAAGCUGAUGACAAGUUCCACAAACAAUUGGGUCCUCAUUAAAAUCAUCAAACUUUUCAGUGCAUUAACUCCCUUGGAGCCUCGUCUCGGGAAAAAACUUAUAGAGCCAUUAACUAAUCUAAUUCAUAGUACUUCAGCAAUGUCUCUACUUUAUGAAUGUAUCAACACUGUCAUAGCAGUACUCAUUUCUAUAUCUUCAGGCAUCCCCAAUCACACCGCCUCAAUUCAGCUAUGUGUUCAGAAGUUAAGGAUUUUGAUAGAAGACUCAGACCAGAACUUGAAGUAUCUUGGUCUGCUAGCCAUGUCCAAAAUUCUAGCCACUCAUCCCAAGAGUGUCCAGUCACAUAAAGAUCUGAUACUUCAGUGUCUAGAUGACAAGGACGAGUCCAUUCGAUUAAGGGCACUGGACCUCAUUUAUGGAAUGGUAUCAAAGAAGAACUUAAUGGAGAUAGUGAAAAAGUUAAUGGUUCACAUGGACAAAGCUGAGGGAACCCAUUACAGAGAUGAACUGCUGGCCAAGAUUGUGGAAAUCUCCAGCCAGUCCAACUAUCAGUAUAUCACCAACUUUGAGUGGUAUGUAAGUGUAUUGGUUGAAUUAACCAGAAUGGAGGGGACCAGACAUGGUCGUAUGAUAGCCUCACAGAUGUUAGACGUUGCCAUCAGAGUGCAAGCUAUCAGACCAUUUGCUGUGGCUCAGAUGGCCCUAUUAUUGGAGAAUUCGUAUAUCUUGGCAAAUAAUUCACAAAGAAAUGGAAUAUGUGAGGUAUUAUAUGCAGCUGCUUGGAUUUGUGGAGAGUUUUCUCAGCAUUUGAAGAACCCUAGAGAGGCAUUAGAAGCAAUGCUUAAACCUAAAAUAACAACUUUACCUGGGCAUAUACAAAGUGUAUUUGUACAAAACAUACUCAAGUUAUUUGGCAGCAUUUUGAAAACUUCAGAAGAGAAUGAAGACCAGGAAAACAUGAAGGAGCUUUGUCAGCUAUUGACCAGUAAACUGCCAAUAUUUGUACAGAGUGCUGAUCUAGAGGUCCAGGAAAGGGCCUGCUGUAUGCUUCAGUUAGUAAAAUAUGUUCAGAAACUGAUAGAAAAAGGUGCCAAAGUGGGUGAUGAAGUUUGUGGUCUGUUUGCUGGGGAUUUAAAUCCUGUGGCUCCCAAGGCGCAGCGUAAAGUGCCAGUUCCAGAAGGGUUGGACUUGGACAAAUGGAUUAAUGAGCCCCUGUCGGAGAGUUCAUCAGAUGAAGAACCAACAACCUCCAUAUUUGCCAUCAACCAUGAAGAUUCCAAAGCAUUCUAUAAAGAAGAGAAGAGAAAUGUCCCAGAACCCACAGAGGAAGAACUAGAAAAGCGAAGAGAACAGAGAAAGAUAGAACAAAUGCAUAAUCCCCAUUAUCUGCGAAUGGAUAAAAAAUCAAAGAAAAGCAGUAAAGUUGAAGAAGCUGAGGAGAGUCCUGUAAUGCAGAUAGACUUAUCCAUACCUCUACAUGUACCAGGACUUGCUUCAUCAGACAAAUACUUGAAGCUUGCUUCUCAAGAUCGUGAGAAGUCGAGGAAGAAGACUAAGCAUGGUAAACACAAGAAGAAGAAGAAGGGACAGCCAGAGGAAGAGUCUGAUGAAGACGUCCCGACCCAGCAUGCUGUCAGUACGCUAGUGGACAUGCCAGAGGGAGCAAACACCUCUGACAAAGAAGAUGAGAGAAAUAGCUCUGACCCUUUCAAGCGUCUAGACAUGGACUUAGAUCAGCCUUUAAGAGAUGAUGAGAUUCUGCCUGUUCGAUCUCAUAGAAUUGUAAUGGAUUCCAUAGAACCUGGGGAUGAGGAGGUCAAACCAAAGAAGAAACACAAGAAGGUCAAGGACAAAGACAAAGAGGAGAAAAAGAAACAUCGCAAGGAAGGAAAGGAAAAGAAGUCUAAGAAAAAGCAGAAAGCUGAUGAAGCCUCUGGGUCUGCCUCUAACCUGUUAAUGACUGGAGAGAGUUCACCAGAGCAUGUCCCUGUAGCUAAUGGUCUUCCACAGUCACCUGAACAAGAGAAAGCAGAUCAAGAAAAGGAAAAUGAUUUGGACUUCUGGAUGAACAAUAAUUCCACAGCAACUUCUAAAUCAACAGAGAAUGUGAUUAAAACUCCAGAGGUCAGUGUAGAGUACGCAAAUGUAUCCAGUGAGGAGGAAAGUCAGAAAGAAAAGAAAACAAAGAAAAAGAAAGAGAAGAAGCCCAAGAAAGAAAAGAAGAGUAAAAAAGAUAAGAAGUUAUUAAGAGCUGAUUAUGAGGAGGCAGAAGGAAUUACCACCCCUUCUAAAGAACAAGUGCCCCCUUCUCAAGCUGAAACACCUGUUGCAGUUCAGCUCCCACCCAUGUCAUCAUAUGUAACUUUAGGAGAAAAUGAUUCCAUAAAAAUGACAUAUGACAUUAGAGCUAGUCACCAGAGAGGGGACCAAAUCAUUGUAUCAGUGGUAUUCUCCAAUCUGACUGAACACACAAUAAAGGAUUUAGAAUUCAAUGUCAUGGAAACCAUGAAUUUAAAGUUAAUAAGAUCAAUGGGUAGUACACAUCAUGAUCCUAUUAAAGUUCCCUUCAUACUGCUGCCUAAUUCUCAAAAUGAAGGACAAUUCGCCUUCACUGUUCAUGAGAUUAAAGUGGCUCAAAAACUAAAGGGAACACUUACAUAUAUUCUUAAGAUGGAUGAAGGAUCAACACAUGAAAAAGUUGAUUUUAAAUUGGUCUUUCCAUGUAGUUCCUUUCUAGUCGCAACACCUUGUAAAGGCUCUGCUUUCACUACACUUCUGGAGAGUGGAGACCUGACAGAAAAAUCGUCCAUUCAGUUCACCCCCCAGGAUUCUGAAUUCCAGAUCAUCCUAGCCAAAGUCUGCUUCUACCACCACUUCAGAGUUGUUGAACAAGUUGAAAAGAAUGCUUCUGUAUACAGUAAAUCCAUACAGGGCCACCCUGUAUGUCUGCUUAUAAAAAAGAUAAAUGGUGAUAUAAAAAUUGAUGGGAAAAGUACGGAAGGAAACCUUUUAUCCAAUGUGCUUCAGGAAAUUAAAACAACACUUGUGUAGUGAAUAAUUUCUUGUCAGAGUUGAAUGUCACAAAGACACCUUUAUAAUUCUCUCUUUAUAUGACAUGCUUUGUCUAAAUAUCUUUGCAUUAUCUGUGAUGUACGAGGGAGCAGCCUAAUAAUUCCACAGUCAUUCUCCAUACAUUCAGUUUUAUUUCGUCAAAAAUGUGUGUUAAUUGAUCCUUAAUUAAUGAUUAAUUUAAUGGAAAUACUAUAAUGAUUAUGUUAUGAUCUGUGCAGUCUUGUUGAGUUUACUUGUGAUGUUUAUUAAAUUGUAAAGUUGGUAUUAAGUGGUGGUCAUUGAAUUUUCACCAAAAUCCUGUGAAUGUAUCAGGAUAAAUAUCAUCUAAAGCAUGUGAAAGUUUGCACUUGAACUACAUGUAUUUAAAGAAUGACUGAAUUAAUGUAGCUGGUUGUGCUAAAAAGAUAUUAGAUCAUUUUCUAGAAAUCACUUGGACGAGUUUAGUUUGUUAUUUUUCAAAAGUAAAAUAUGUACUUAUUUUGAAAAAAAAGAUGUAUAGAGUAUUUAAAAGGGGGAAGCUGUACUAGUUAAAAUUAUGUAGACCCACCUAUGUAACUGAUUUCAGAAACUGACCUGCAAUGAUUUGUCAGAAAUUGAUAAGUAGGGGUGAUGUGCUUUAUGUCCUGGGAGUUUCUGUUAAAGAAAUGUGUUCUUUUUUUGUAGAUUAACAAAUUUUUGUUCAUGAUGCAUUUUGAUUAGUCGAAUUUACAAGUAGUAAAUUAACUUACAAAACAGAUACAAGAGAAUAUGUUAGAGUAAAUUUGAUUUUGAACAGCAGAAUUUUGUUUAAUUGAUCUUGAAGUGCUAACCAUAACUAAUGGAAAAAAUGAAAAAUGUACAGAAGCAGUUCAUGCAUAUCCUGUAUUAUUCUGAAUGAACAGUGCUAUAAUUUAUAGAAAUAAAAAGGUUUUUAGAGAAUGUUAUUUAGAAUAGGCAUACUAUGAGAAAUUUAAAAACAAAUCCUUAAUAUAUUUUGGUUGUUAUUGUGCAAUAUUUCAUCAUAUAUCAACAAAAAAUUUGUAUAUUGGAAGCAAGUGAUAAAUGUACCAUAUGCAAAUAUUGUGUCUGUUUAUUCAAUAUAAUAAAGUGAAUAAAAAUUGAA